GAAGAAGCUCAACUCUUUCCACGUGAGACCAACAUGGCUCCAGGAGGAAAAAUAAACAGACCGAAAACUGAACUCGCUAAGAACGUCUUCAAGCGUCGUCGAGUUCUGAGCCGAGAGAAGAGGAAGAGACAUCUGAUCGUGGGAGCCGUGGUGGACGAAGGUCUGAUCACCGUCCACCACCUGAAGAAGAGGAAGUCGAGUCAGCGAGCGAACAUCACUUUGUCUGGAAAGAAGAAGAGAAAACUUCUGAAACAGCUUCAGCACAUGCAGACAGAGAAGGCCGGUAUGGAAGUCGAAGCAGAACCACCGAAGAAGAAGCAGGACUCCUCAUCGGAUCCAACCAAGACGAAGCAGCAGCAGAAGAAGAAGAAGAGAGCAGCUGGACCUCCGGAGGACCAAGAGAUGGACGACGUGGAAACGAUGAGCUGAACUCUGAACCAACGUUCAUGUUUCUAUGAAGACAAAGAUCCAAGAGGCUGAAGACCAGGACCACCAGAACCAUUCUCACAUAAGAUACUGAACAUGUUUCAUUUAUCAAGUCAAAGUUCUCAGUGAGUCAAACUAAAUGUUAAAAGACAUUAAAAUGUUUAUAAAAUUAAACUUUUAAAACGUCAUUUUGGCUCAAAGUCAAAACAUCUUUUUAGGUAAACAUUUUGAGAAACAGUGAAGAUUUUUUAUUAAUAUUCGCUCAUAAUUUUGAUAAAAUUAUGACACAGAGCUGAUCAUAUAGAUUCAGUAACUGAUAAUAAUUUAAAGUCCUGUAACCCUAACCCUAUUUAACACUAAAUAUGUUGUUUUGAGUUUUGUCAUCAUUUACAUAUUUUGGAGUUUAGUUUUGUUUUUCUUCCAUAGAUUCACUGUCGCAAUAAUACGUGAUGUCAAAGUUUGUUUACGUCAUAAAUACAUAAAAUCUGUAAAAACAAUCAUUGAGAACAUUAACCGACUCUUUGUUUUAAUAUUAAACCGUUCAAGACUGA